AUGCCGGUUGCGAUCCGUGCCGUCGCAGUGCCUCCUGCUCCCAGCAAGCAGAGCACCCCCGCUUCUACCGGCGCGGUGAAGUCCCCCAUGACGAUGACGGAGAAGAUCCUGGCGCGCGCGGCGGAGCGGGCGCAGGUUGCGCCGGGCGAGAACGUGUGGGUGAACACGGACGUGCUGAUGACGCACGACGUGUGCGGCCCCGGCACCAUCGGCAUCUUCAAGAAGGAGUUCGGCGCCGACGCUAAGGUGUGGGACCGCGAGAAGAUCGUGAUCAUCCCGGAUCACUACAUCUUCACGGCGGACGAGCGCGCGAACCGCAACGUGGACAUUCUGAGGGACUUCGUGCAGGAGCAGGGCAUCAAGUACUUCUAUGACAUCACCGACCGCUCCAACUUCCAGGCCAACCCCGACUACAAGGGCGUGUGCCACGUGGCGCUCGCGCAGGAGGGGCACUGCCGACCAGGCGAGGUGCUGUUUGGCACGGACUCGCACACGUGCAACGCGGGUGCGUUUGGGCAGUUCGCGACGGGCAUUGGCAACACGGACGCAGGGUUCAUCCUCGGCACCGGCAAGUGCCUGCUCAAGGUGCCGGCCACUCUCCGGUUUGUGCUGGAUGGGGAGAUGCCGCCCUACCUGCUCGCUAAGGAUCUCAUUCUGCAGAUCAUCGGUGAGAUUGGAGUGGCAGGGGGAACGUACCGGGCCAUGGAGUUCACAGGCACUGCUGUCGAGGCCAUGACUAUGGAGGAUCGCAUGACGCUGUGCAACAUGGUCAUCGAGGGAGGAGGCAAGAACGGUGUGGUGGCGGCGGACAAGACCACCUUCGCCUACCUCGAUGGCAAGACCACGUUGACGCAUGAGCCUGUCUACAGCGAUGGCAACGCCAGCUUCUAUGAGGAGUAUCGGUUCGACGUCUCAAAGCUCAACCCUGUCGUUGCUAAGCCGCACUCACCGGACAACCGAGCAACGGCGCUGGAGUGCCGUGACAAGAAGGUGGACCGCUCGUACAUCGGCUCGUGCACCGGCGGCAAGACCGAGGACUUCCUCGCUGCUGCCAAGCUCUUCCACGCCGCGGGCAAGAAGGUGGUGGUGCCGACCUUCCUGGUGCCUGCUACUCAGAAGGUGUGGAUGGACAUCUACACGCUGCCUGUGCCGGGGGCGGACGGCAAGACCAUGGCGCAGAUCUUUGAGGAGGCUGGCUGCGACACGCCCGCUGCCCCCUCCUGUGCUGCGUGCCUGGGCGGUCCCAGGGAUACUUAUGCCCGCAUGAACGAGCCCCAGGAUGUCACGGCGACGAAAGGGAACGAGUUCGAGGACUACUUCUUGAAAAGGGAGCUUCUGAUGGGAAUCUACGAGAGAGGGUUUGAGAGGCCAUCCCCUAUUCAGGAGGAGAGUAUACCGAUUGCCUUGACGGGAAGAGACAUCCUUGCUCGUGCCAAGAAUGGAACUGGCAAGACUGCUGCCUUCAGUAUUCCAGCUCUAGAGAAGAUUGACCUUUCAAGGAACGUCAUCCAAGUUGUCAUCCUGGUCCCUACGAGAGAGCUUGCGCUGCAAACUUCUCAAGUUUGCAAAGAGCUUGCGAAGCACAUGAGCAUUCAGAUCAUGGCGACAACGGGUGGCACGAGUCUCAAGGACGACAUCAUGCAAACCUGGUCUCGUCGGAUCUUUUCACGCGAGGAAUUGACAUUCAGGCUGUGA